GACUGGGCUUGACUGUCAUAAGAUGUAUUCCGUUUCUUGCUCUUUAGUUCUUGGUUUGCUUUUACAAGUGAUUUUUUCAGAAGCUUUUAUUCCAAGUUCGUUAAAUUCUAAAGAAUCCUUGAUCAAAAAACAAAGCAGAAGCGAAGCCCAAAGCUACGAGCAAUUUGGUUGUUACAAUGACACUGCACAUAAAGUAUUGACGGUUUUUCUUGGAGAGGUUUCAACAGCACCAGGCCCACUAAGAGCAUGCGCUAGUAUCGUCAAAGAAAGGCAAUACAAAGUGUUUGGUGUUCAGAAUGGAAAAGGAUGCUGGUCUGGUUCAGCGUCUCCCGAAGUAUUUUAUGCGAUAAAAAGAGCUUCCCAUUGUAAUGUUACGCAUGGUGGAUUGUUCUUCGUUGAUGUCUAUGUCUUCAGUGACGUUAAUGUGCCCUGUCCUGUUGGUACAAGGCGAGAUCUGAACCCAUAUUGCAAAACGAAACGAGACCAGGACCUCGAGAAGAACAAGCUAAACUACAAACUGGGUCCAACAUUUCUCAACCUCUUCCCAUCAUUAAACGUGACGAUAGCACAGCUGAAAGACAUCUACAAGAACGAUUCAGUCAAUGCUGAAUGGUUGACCGUUUAUGAACAGAUUUCACGACGAAAUCUAUUCCUUUUGUAUGCUUUCUUUAAUCAGACAAAGAACCAGCCCGAGUUUGCAGCAAUUGAUGAUUACAAGAAUGUGUUGAAGUUCUUCAUAGAGUCUCAGUAUUCGCCGAAACUCAUGCCCAAGGAGUAUCGUAAGUUCUUCAAGUUCUAUUUUUUGGAGUCAGACGAACCUUUUGAAAGGUUGACGAGAUUAUGUAACUGGAGAGAAGACAGUAUAUUUACAGACCAACGCCUUGCUGGUGGUAACCCCAUGUCAAUCCAAAGGGUUACUAUAGGUAUGAAAG